AUGUCUGACACUUCAGAGUCGACAAGAAGCCACUCCCUCAGCGGCGAAAUCACCACCGGCGCCGCGGAGAAGGAGAAGGAGAUCCAAACGACUGUGGGCCCUGCCGCCGCCGAAGAGUAUGUCCGCGAGUGGUCCGCCAAGCACGACCUCGUCUACCCGGAAGGCGGAUGGACGGCGUGGUCCCAGGUCCUGGCCGGCAACAUGCUCAACGCCCUCGCCUGGGGCUACCCAGCAACGUUUGGCGUCUACCAGCUUUACUACACCGAGAAGCUGCACCUCCCGGCGUCACAGGUCUCUUGGAUCGGCUCGGUGCAGAUCUUUUUGACAUUCGCGGUCUGCACCGUCUCCGGACGGUUAACGGACGCCGGGUACGCUCGACACGCUGUCUCCGUUGGUUGCGCCUUUGUCGUGCUCGGAUCCUUCAUGACGAGUCUGUGUACAGAGUACUGGCAGAUCAUGCUCGCGCAGGGUAUUUGUACUGGCUUGGGUCUCGGCGUCGUCUUUAUGCCAGGCGUCGCCAUCAUCGGGUCGUACUUCAAACGGAGACGGUCUCUGGCGCUCGCUGUUUCGGCUACGGGCACCGGAGUCGGCAGUCUCAUCUUCCCCUCGACUCUGCAGUAUCUAAUCCCGCAAGUCGGCUUCCCCUGGGCUGUGCGGUGCUCGGCUUUCGUCGCGCUUGGUGUAGCAACGAUAGCUAUUGCUCUGCUGAGACCCAGACUACCACCCAGGAAGGCUGGUCCCUUGCUAGAGUGGUCGGCCUUCCGGGAGUUACCAUACAUCUUGUUCACCCUGGGAGUCUUCUUCUAUUUCAUGGCCCUGUACUUUGGUUUCUUCUAUAUUAAUACCUACGCCCGCAAAGUUAUAGGGUUCUCUACGACAGAGUCGGUAACGCUGCUUCUCAUUACCAACGGAAUGGGCAUCCCGAUUCGGCCAGUCGUAGGCUGGUUGGCUGACCGCCACGUCGGCCCAAUCAACAUGUUCGUGAUGACCAUGUUCCUUCUGGGCUGCAUGGAAUUUGCUUGGAUCGGCGUGAAGACGAGAAUGGGGAUGUACAUCUUUAGCGUCUUCUACGGCCUGUCCAAUGGGGCGACGCAGGGAGUGUUUGUAGGCUCAACCGCCAGCCUGACUACCGAUCCGCAGAAGAUGGGAACACGGUUCGGCAUGGUUGCUACGAUCUCGGGCUUUGCGACUCUGGCUGGACCGCCGAUAGCAGGCGCCAUCAUCGACAAGUCUGGAGGACAGUAUUUCGGGGCUCAAGUCUGGGGCGGUGUGAUGAUGAUUGCAGGUGCUCUGACGGUGGCAGCGGCGAGGAUGGCUAAAGCGGGCAAGGCUUGGAGAGCAAAACUGUAG